CAAAGCCACCGGAUUUUCUGUGAGAGUAAGCUCAAACUAGUUUUGUUCAUAGAUUCUCCGUCAGCUCAUAGACCGAUUCGCCGGCGUUAACGACAGUGAUCCUUGUCCGGUCCAAUACGCCAUCGUAUUGUUUCAUUUUCAGAACCUCUGCUCCCAUUCUUGAGAUCUUAUUCAAAAUCAAAGAUGCAAACAGCAAACUCCUCUACAGAAGAAGAGAUAUUUCGAGUUAGGAAGCUAGAGAUCUCGGACAAGAACAAGGGUUUCGUCGAGUUACUGCAACAGUUGACUGUGUGCGGCUCCAUCUCCGACGAGGCUUUCAGAGAACGAUUUGAGGAGCUCGCUAAAUGCGGAGAUGACCACGUCAUAUGCGUGAUAGAGGACAAUAAUUCUGGGAAGAUUGUUGCCACUGGGAGUGUGUUUAUCGAGAAGAAAUUCAUAAGGAAUUGUGGGAAAGUUGGUCAUAUUGAAGAUGUGGUGGUGGAUUCCAGUGUUCGAGGUAAGCAAUUAGGAAAGAAAGUUGUGGGGUUCCUCUCUGAACAUGCUCGAGCGAUGGGGUGUUACAAGGUGAUUCUUGAUUGCAGUGUUGAGAACAGACCCUUUUAUGAGAGAUGUGGUUUCAAGCAGAAGGAGAUUCAGAUGGUGAAGUAUUUUGUUUGAUCAACAACGUUCUUGCUCUUCUGAAAGAUCACAUUUUGAAUAAGAGAUGUGAACCAUUAUCAGAAGUAAGGUUCUAGUCUUGGUUUAACUGUAUCUUGACUACUUCGUGUAUGGAUCUAAAUUUUCAGCCCAGUACAGGUUUUAUUACAACACAUUGUUAUAUUAUGGAUCUUUCGUGCACACAGAAAAAGAAAUAACUUUCCUAUUGCUGUGAAUCUUCUGCAGCUUCCAGGAACGAGCAGAAGAAGAUGGACAAGGAAACAACAAAGAACGGCUGUUCUUCAUUUUUAUUUCGAGGAUGUACACACAGACUACUUAUAGAUACUUAUUACAAAAACACAGUCACAC